CGGUGGUUUGCCCGAGCAGACGUUCACGGAAUUGCUCGAAGAAGGCAUGCGCGGAGACGACAACGGUCGCGCAGUGGACCUUACGUUCACCCUUGGCAGCACCAGCUCGUCCGCCACCACGCGGACUGUGCUCGUGAACCCUUAUCCGGACGACGAUGCGGGGCAGGUGAACACUUCCCAAGGAGUAUCAAGGGGUGUCUUGAGGUGGCAGGAGACGACGGAUGCCGGGAGGGAGCGGGCGAUGUCGACAAUGCCGUCUGCGCAGGAGAUGCGGCGACAGCGAGAGGACUCGAUAAUGCAGGGGGUGCAGCGUUUAAGCGUGGGUGGUCGGGGCGCCGGUGAGACGGGUGUUGGUGGCGGAGUAGCGUUGGCUGACGAUGGCGAGGGCGAUUGGUCCCAGCCAGAGGAGAACACUGAAGCGUUCCCCAUGCGUCCACCGAAUAUGGACAGGCGCGGUGGGAGGAGGAGGACUGCGAUGGCCCCAGACCAUCGUCGAAGAAAGGGUGUGGCCGGAGUUGCCAACGGGGAUGGUGACGUGGACGGCGACGGAGGGCGGAACUUUUGGUCGGUCGACCAUAUGAUCACGUUCAUGAGGGCGAAGCGGGACCAGGAUGCCCAGCUGCAGGCGUCGGGCCGUGCUUACGCCCGGAUGAGGACGAGGGAGUGGAAAUGGGCGGACGUUUGGGAGAGGUUGUUGAAGGUUGGUGUGGACCAGUCAGCCGACAAGUGCGGGAAGAAGUGGGAUAAUCUUAUGCAGCAGUUCAAGAAGGUCCACAAUUUCAUGCGCGAGUCGGGCAAGGAGGACUUCUUGUUCACAAAGGAGCAGCGCGCGGAAAAGGGAUUCAAUUUCACCAUGGAACGAGCCGUGUACGACGAGAUAAAGGGAGCAACAGAGAAGAGGCACACAAUCAACCCGACGAAUGUAGCCAACACCGGCAUUGUACCGGCAUUGCCGGGGGUGUGCAUAUUCCGUCGUCGUCGUCCGCAGCACCAGAGUCUGUAGGAGACGGGGAAGGUGGCGGCGAUGGCAAUAAGGACGACGACAGUUCUGCUCCUAAGCCCUCGCAGCCGACGAGU